AAUACCCGGCGUGCUUCACUUCGAUUCUUCCGCAUCUCUCACCUAACACAUCUCUCUCAACUCUCUAUAGAUCUUAAUCUCGAAAAAAAUGGUGGCCACCAUCAAGCUAGUAAAAGCACGACAGAUCUUCGACAGCAGAGGCAACCCAACCGUUGAGGUUGAUAUUACUCUUUCCGAUGGCACAUUGGCCCGAGCUGCUGUACCCAGUGGUGCAUCCACAGGUAUUUACGAGGCCCUUGAACUAAGGGAUGGAGGGUCAGACUACCUUGGAAAAGGUGUCUCCAAGGCUGUUGCAAAUGUUAACACAAUCAUCGGCCCUGCUCUAGUUGGCAAGGACCCAACUGAUCAAACUGGAAUUGAUAACUUCAUGGUUCAACAGCUUGAUGGAACUCAAAACGAAUGGGGUUGGUGCAAGCAAAAGCUUGGAGCCAAUGCUAUCUUGGCUGUUUCUCUUGCACUUUGCAAAGCUGGAGCUAGUGCCCUCAACAUCCCUCUUUACAAGCAUAUUGCUAACUUAGCUGGAAACAAGAACUUGGUUUUGCCAGUACCUGCAUUCAAUGUCAUCAAUGGUGGAUCACAUGCAGGAAACAAACUUGCCAUGCAAGAGUUUAUGAUCCUCCCUAUUGGUGCCUCCAGCUUCAAGGAAGCCAUGAAGAUGGGUGUUGAAGUAUACCACAACUUGAAGUCUGUGAUUAAGAAGAAAUAUGGUCAAGAUGCAACCAAUGUUGGUGAUGAAGGUGGCUUUGCUCCUAAUAUUCAGGAAAACAAGGAGGGUCUUGAAUUGCUCAAAACUGCAAUUGCUAAAGCUGGAUACACCGGAAAGGUUGUCAUUGGAAUGGAUGUUGCUGCAUCUGAAUUUUACGCAGAGGAUGGCAAGACCUAUGAUCUCAACUUCAAGGAAGAGAACAAUGAUGGAAAAGAGAAGAUUUCAGGAGAACAAUUGAAAGAUCUUUACAAGUCAUUUGUGAGUGAAUACCCAAUUGUGUCAAUUGAGGAUCCCUUUGACCAAGAUGACUGGGAACACUAUGCCAAGAUGACUGCAGAAUGUGGUGAAGAAGUUCAAAUCGUGGGAGAUGAUCUUUUGGUCACCAAUCCAACGAGAGUUAAGAAGGCAAUUGAUGAGAAGACAUGCAAUGCUCUUCUUCUUAAGGUUAACCAAAUUGGAUCUGUGACUGAGAGUAUUGAAGCUGUGAAGAUGUCCAAACAUGCCGGGUGGGGUGUCAUGGCCAGUCACCGAAGUGGUGAAACUGAGGACACCUUCAUUGCUGAUCUUUCUGUCGGUUUGGCUACGGGUCAAAUCAAGACUGGAGCUCCUUGCAGAUCUGAGCGUCUCGCAAAAUACAACCAGCUUUUGAGAAUUGAAGAAGAGCUUGGUUCAGAAGCAGUUUAUGCAGGAGCAAACUUCCGGAAGCCAGUGGAACCUUACUAGAGAGAUUUGUGUUCACAGAUACGAGGAAGAGUUGUCCAUGCGGAAUGUGGUAAAAAUCAAAAUAAAGUUUUUAUUGAAUAAUGAAUGGCAAGGACUCAAAUUUUGUGUUGAGGUUUUUUUUGACUUCUGAAAUUUGUGUAUUUGUGUAUUUUGGUAGUUGUUGUUUUUCCCAACUUUACCUUUUAUUCGUAAUGAUACUGGGUUUCUUUUUUA